AUAUGUCAUAUAUCAUUAAACCAUAAAUACAUAAAACAGUAUAUACAUAUAUAUUCUGUUUUCUGUAUUAUCUAGAGGCAUGACUUUUAGCUGUUUCUUUCUUUUGCGUUCAUGAACUAUUCGAUUUAUAAAGCCUGUGCAUACAUUACCGAUGAUAUUUGCCUUCAGACUGCGCGACAUCGUUGCCCUUUACCGAUCGACAGAGCGAACCCAGAACCUAGCUCAACCUUGCUGGUUUCAUGAUACGUUUUUUUGUCAUUAUAAAAAUUCAAGUAUGAGCUUAUAGGAGAAGUACUGAUUCAACUAUGAGCAAAAUAAGUGAGGUAUUGACUAUAUUUGGCAGCCAGUACCGAUAGCGCCGAGUACGUCAUAACUGCAUCCAUAUCCUAUUACACUCUAAGAAAGAAAUGAAAAAAAAACCUACAAAAUAUCAGAGUUUUCCGUCACACCAGCCAAACUCACUGUUUUUUUUGUGUGUGCGAGGCACGUAAGGUACCCGAGUUUGCGCUACUUCUCAAAUGCUAAAUAUACGGACUGUUAGUUGAUACGAUUUAUUCUAAAGUAUGGACCUCGGCGAUCAACCACUAAUAUGUGGCAGCGCUGCCAUGUCGCACCAUGGGACGACUACCUAUUUUCAUUCCUACGCCAUGUACACAGGCCUAUUUAUUUGUUCCUUUAUCAAGUUAAACUGCGUAUACGGAUGCUUAAAACAUAGGACAUAUAUGAACUUGCUUGUUAGUUUCGAUUAACUCGGCUUGUUGGACAUGUCCAGACUAUCUAAAACUGGGCAAUUAGUGAUAAGUAAACGCUAUUCGCCCCUAGAUACUGCUACAAGGUAUCGUGACCAUUGCUAAAGUCCUGAUUAGUGCUUUGCGCUUAGCUGACUUCUUCCGCGCCUCUUUUGGAAUCCCUAACAAUGAUUGGCCAUUACCUAUAAGCGGGUCACCACGCCGCUUCGGCUUUAUGUCCCCAAAGCUUUAUCAAGGUUUGAUGAGUUUUUCCAAUGUGCAGCUCAGUUUUUAUCAUUAAGCCGAUGUUAUCAAAUGUAUAACAACGGCGUUAACUAUUGCCUUCAGCAGUAUCUAUUCCGUUCAUUACCCUUUUUUACUUCAUCGAUUCUUAGAGACUUGGGUCGUAACCCAGCUGAUCGGUGCCGUGUCCACAGUAAGUUGCCAGAAACCGUCUUCCUUUAGCAUUUUCGUUACUGCCCACUGGAUAUGCUGUCGUCGUAGUUCCAUUUAUAAUACUUUUGUCGUUGCCGCCAAAGCCUGCUCAGGCUCACUUGGUCGUAUCAAAUGAUCAUCACACGUCACACAUACAAAUACGUGCAUCUAUGGUAACGUAUGGCCACUGUGGCCUAACUGUAGGCCAACAGUCAAUACGGCCGGUGGUGACUACCGGCACAUAGAAGUGCUACAGCAACGCAGCACACCGGCACUGCGGAUCGUUGCAGCCAUGACCGCACCUCCUACUGCUGGAUAACGCCGUCACCAUCCUCAUUGGCCGAUCGACAUGUUCGGCCCUUUCCCACCAGGGAUUAGCGGGCGAGGACGGCGUAGCAGGCGGGGCUUCAGUAGCAGCGGAAGGUUUUAUUUCGAUCAGUGGCCGAGUGACUUCUGGUUCAGUAGUUGACGACGCGAGCUACUGUGUGCACCCUCAUUGGCGCAGUAACACGUAAACAGAUCACACUCACCGGCAGCAUUUGACGCAAUAGCUUGUCCAUCGGCUGCGAGUCCUGAGCGCUGUCAGACUCAGCUAGAAGCUGCUGUCUGCCAAUUCUCCACCCGAGACAAACAGAGAAACGGAAGACGACAAGUACAAGCGUAGACUGUUAUAGAGAAGGACACGCGUCACGAUAGGUCCAAGAGUCGCUUAGUGUAGUAGCGACACACGAAAAGACACUACGGUGAAAGUGAGUGAAAUUUGUGCACGAAAGACACGUAUUGUUUGAAAUAACGUGAGGACUAUGUUGUUACAACACGUUCCCAGUAGUCAGUCGGCUACCGGAGGUCAACAGGAUGGUCAGGAAAGGUGUCUGCUAACGCCUCCGCAGUCACCGGAACUUCAUCCAGCGUUUCUGCAUCUGCAUCGCCAAUCACCAAAAUAUCAUUUGACAAGUUAUUCUCCUGCGUCUUCACCGCCGCUUGUCCAUUCCUCUGCUUUUAUGCCCAUCAAUGCGUCUAACCCACCUAAAGCUGCAGGAUUUGUUAGCAAAUCCCAGUCAGCGACAUCGAAUGCUUCAAAGCGGUUUAAUUUUGCAAAACUCGCGGAAUCUGCUGUUGAGGAUAAGGUCGUACGUAACACACCGACCACCCCUAAUGAAUCAAUAGUUACAUCGGCGUUCCACGCAAUGCUCCAAAAGAAUCAAGUGGUCAAUCUGUUCCGACAAAUUUACUCACAGCAGCAACAACUACAACAUAGAGGCCUUCAGGAACGUCGUCACCCUCGACACGUACUCGAGCCACAUCGUCAGGCCCCACUCCAAGCAAAGGUGUCCUCUGUUUUGGGUUCAAAGAAGGAGACGGGCUCCGUAUCACGACCAAAGAAGGAGUUCGUAUGCCGCUUCUGUCAGCGCCGCUUCACGAAGAGCUACAACCUCAUGAUCCAUGAGAGGACCCAUACGGACGAGCGGCCAUACAACUGCGAUAUUUGUCAUAAAGCCUUCCGUCGACAGGAUCAUCUCCGAGACCACAGGUAUAUUCAUUCGAAGGAAAAGCCAUUCAAGUGUCAUGAAUGCGGCAAAGGUUUCUGCCAGAGUCGCACUUUAGCUGUCCACAAAAUGCUUCACAUGGACGACUCACCUCACAAAUGUCUUCAGUGCGGCCGUACGUUCAACCAGCGUUCAAACCUCAAAACGCACUUGUUAACGCACACUGAUAUAAAGCCAUACAUUUGCGAGCAUUGCAGUAAGGAGUUCCGACGCAACUGUGACCUCCGGCGACAUCUGCUCACGCACGGGAUUAAAUCCGACGAAGUCUCGGAUGAUUGUGACGACUCAAUGGAUGAGACGCUGGAUUCGGUCUAAACGUGAAGCGUUUCGCAAGCCGACGCAAAUGCCAAUAUUAAAAUGGAACCCUCUGAGGCAUCACAUCGUCCUGGGUAUUACUCACACUCGAAUGAGCGCAAUUUAAAGCAAGUCCGUUUGAACAGAGGACGAGUUCCAUCGAACAGAGAUAAAGUGUAAAAACUGUUAUUAAAUUUUUGUAUUAUACAUGUAUUCGACCGAGCUCGUUGACCGACGACUGAGCUUAUUGUUGGAUGCGUUCAUGAAACUUUACUAUAGAGCGUUUAUGAUAAGUCAACGCUUCGAAACGUCCCAUCGAAUGUGUUAGUCCGGUACCUUUUCACGAUCUCUGGAUCGCUUCUGUUGCAACUCAUGGGCAUCAUAAGGUGGAUAGUCUAUAUUCCUUUAGUAUGGGCGCCCACGAGUUCGAUCUCGACCAUGCCCCCACUUAAUUUUCUAGCCAAAGUCUGCCUAAUUGAAUCACUCAAGGAGGAAACAGCGAACAAAGAUGACACGGAAUGAGACUGUCAAAAAAGUUAAUUGUUUAUAAUUCAUAAUAAAAUUUUACAAACUUUUCUCUCAUACACAGAAAGAUCAAUGUUAGUAUUGAAUACUGUUCUGUGACAAUUUCACAUGUGCGAUACGACUUGUAUAUAGAGAAUAGAUAUAUAGUCUAAUAAAUCACUGAAAU